AUGACACUGUUAGAAUUUGUUGGUUGCAUGUUAGUGUCAUUCUCUCCUUUCUUUGCGAUGUUUGCUGUGACAAUUGCAUCCGAUCCAAUCAGAAUAAUAAUUUUAUUUUCGAGCGCAUUUUUCUGGUAUUUUUCUUUAUUACUUCCCUGUUUGUUGUGGUUGUUGGCUCCAGGAGAGGUCAGAUGGGUUUUAGGGUUAGUUACAGCCGUAUUGUUACAGGAACUUUUUCGCAUAGUUUUGUAUAAGUUUCUUCGCCGAAUAGUGACCUUACGCAAGAGGCGACGCAUGGUGUCUUACGUAUCUGGGCUUGGAUUUGGAGCUAUAAGUGGUGCAUUUGCGAUGUUGAACCUACUGGCCGAUGCAGCAGGCCCUGGAACCGUGGGGAUACACGAUGCCUCGGAACUUUAUGUUCUCUAUUCGUCAGCAGUGACGUGCUGUAUGAUUCUUCUUCACGUGUUUUGGAGUGUCAUUGCAUUUGCGUCCUUGGAUCACGGAAAUUAUUUCGGAAUAUUUUGGGUUGUUGGAUCACACAUGUUUGUCUCUUUACUAACGUUAGCUAUGGAGAAGACAGAUAAUGAAAGAAGUUUGUACUUGAUAUUUAUUGUUACUGCUGCAACUGGGGUACUAACAUUUAUAACAAUGGGUGGGACUCUAAGACGUUUAACAGACAGUUUCUGCACGUGUGAUCGUGAUAUUCAUUCAUCAUAA